AGUGACUCUCACGCGUCAGAAAUAAUACAGCAGGAAGUGUGUCCGGCGAUUGUGUCACACAGGCUGUUAAUUCCGCGCGCUGCCAUAAGCCUGAAAAGUGAAGUACAUAGUACCGUUAUCGCAAGGCCACGACGAAUCAUUGUUUCGAUUGAUUCAAGCUGAGAAAGAAAGAGAACGAGGAGGACGGAAAGAAAGAGAAAGAGAGGGAACGUAGGCGAAGAAAAGGACGUGACGAAGAAGGAUUGAAGAAGGAAAAAAGAGGAAGGAGAGGAGGAUACGGGUUAAAGCCGCAGAAAGCGUCUGGCUCUCUAAUCCAAAUAAGAGGUGUCCCCGAACCGGCGCUGUCUGAACCAGCUCAACAGCUGAUCGGAGUACGAAGCGGCGGUGAACGGGGCCACUCUUGCACCACCACCCCGCGAUUGGAAAAAAUUUGAUAUAUUAAUCGGUCACUGGUUAACGGCCAGACGUUUUCACGAACGAAAAAAGAGGAAGGACGAGACGAAGGUCGAGAAAAAGAAUUGAGGCGUCUGGACACUUGAUAAGAAAAAGAAGGAGACAAAUUAACGACGAAGACGACGACGACGACGACGACGACGACGACGAAGAAGAAGAAGAAGACAAGGGCGAAGAUUUCUUUGCUUGUUUGGAUACGCCAUCAUGGUCAAAACUUUUCAAGCAUACCUGCCCUCGUGUCACCGCACUUAUUCGUGCAUUCACUGCCGUGCUCACCUCGCCAACCACGACGAACUCAUCUCUAAGUCCUUCCAGGGCAGUCAAGGUCGUGCCUAUCUCUUUAAUUCCGUGGUGAAUGUAGGCUGUGGUCCUGCGGAAGAGCGAGUUCUGUUAACUGGCCUUCAUGCUGUCGCUGAUAUUUACUGUGAAUGUUGUAAGACCACCCUUGGGUGGAAAUACGAGCAUGCGUUCGAGUCGAGUCAAAAGUAUAAAGAGGGCAAGUUUAUAAUCGAGCUUGCUCACAUGAUCAAGGAGAAUGGAUGGGAAUAGAUCGAGUCGAGGGUCACCCGCUGCAAGAGAAACAGGAUACUCCCGAUAAAAACAUAUACGAGGCCCAUCAAAACUUUUCCUGAUAUAAGAAUAAUGCCUACAAUGUUGUUCUAACUGCAAUGUGCGGCCCCCUCCCCUCUGUCAAACCACCAACGAAAGUCUGUGAUUUCAUUUGUGAUUUGUAAUCUUAGUAACUUUUUAUGUUUCGGACAAUUCGACGCUAUUUUUCGUUCUUUCCGAUCGAUUCAUCAUACAAGCGAUGACACCGGCGAUCCGCGGCGUCGCGGAUCGAUCAAACAAGGAAGUAUUGUAAAGAGAGAAAGAAAAAAAAAAUUAUUUUUCAACAAACCGUAAUAAAAGAAGAAAAUGAAAUAGACGGGAAACAAAAAAGAAAGAAAAAACAAAUGAAUAUAGAAUAUAAGGAACAAAAAACAGAUGAUAAUGACGUUAGUAAGCUAUGGUAAAUAUGAUGACGAAGGUGCCAUGGUGGAAAUAAAGAUGGAGAAUCGCUCUGUUCGAACAAUGGGGUGCCCUCCUAAUUUUAAUUCAUUAUCUUUCUAGACAUUUUGCCGUGAAUGUCGCAAUGAUAAAUGUUAAAAAUUAACGCGCGGGGCACCCCGAUUAAAGAUCAAGUUUUUUAAUCCGUUAUUGCACCGGAGCAGCGCAAGUGCCACAGACUUUGCUGGACUGACUGCCUGCCCGCCGCGUCUAUCAUUGGAAUUUCACUGCCGAUAUUCCUAAUAUUAAUUAAGAUGGCUGUGCCGCAUCGUAGGCGACGCAGCUGGUAGUUUUUAGAAUAGCUUACAAGUAUAGCAUAUUAAAGCCUACGUUAUAAUAUUAUAGGACCUCAUGGAUAUAGAAAAUAAGGAUACCGUAAGAGUAAUCACGGGUGUGAAACGGAAGUCGAAAGGAAGAAAGACGGAGUGAAUGUCUUACGUGUGCGUGCGUGCGCGCGCACGCGUUUGUGCGUGACAGAAAUAGAGAGAAAGAAGGAAGAAAAAAGGUUUGAUUAAUCGUGUCGUGUGUAUAUGUUUGAUUUUAUGUUCACCAUGCCUGCCAAACUGUCUGUUAAUCUGCCAGUCGCCAUUAUUGUUAGUGGAAAAAAAAGAAAGAAAUACCGUAUUCUAACAUGUUCACGUUUUCGUCGGCUCUGCAAGGUGUGGUAUGACUGAACUUUUUUGUUGUGAAUAAAAAAAAUCAUUGAUCUGCGCCUUCCUAUGCACGCACUAUGAGAUAUAUAAUAUUAAAGCAAGAAAAACGAGAAAAAAAGUUAAAAAACGGAACAAAUUAAUUGCUCAUUACUUUUAAUAUCGAUCUCAUUUGUAAAUAUUUAAUAGAGUUCAACGACAUCGCAGAUUUACUAUUUUACAAAAGAUCGGAAUUCCGAUAUCCGAUCCCUCUCUCGAAGCCCAAAUGUACGAUUGAUUUUCAUUGGUCAUUAAACGAAAAAAUUUUACCAUAAUACUGAUUUGUCAUUUUCACGCUAAACCAAUACAUAAUGACAUAGCGACAUUUUAAUACAAUUAAUUUUCUUUUGGUAGGAUAUCGUAUCUUUGAGACUGCUUGUGUAAGUGAAAUGAUGUAAAACUAAUUUUUAGGCGACUUCUGAUGUUACCUUCGUUAUCUUCUUUAAAUCUUAAAACGAUUAAAAUUGAUAUCAUUUAUUUUAGAUAUAGAGGUCCUAACAUUUAUGAAAUAUUGAUAUUUGGAUUUGAAACGAUAAAAAGAAGUAUUUACUGUUCUUUGCGUUCUAUAUCCAAACGAAGGUAGCAAAAUGUGCAGGCGUGAAAAACGUUUAAUUCCUAUUUUAAUAAAAAAAUACAUAUAUAAAGCAAAAGUAUAAUUGUGACAUAAGUGUACAAACAAACAAAAGAUUGAUCGGUUCUUGUGCUACGUUUCUCUUAGAAGAGCGCAAAUUGAAUAAGGAGUAUAAAAACUAGGUGGGGUCAUUAUUCAGAUAUUUAAGAAAACACGAGUCAUAUGCGUUCGUCGUUUUGAAUGCAUACAUACGAAAGUGCAGUGUACUUGUGUGUAUUUAGAAACGUGAUGAAUGAAUGUGCCGGCCUAAUUCCUCAUGCUGUCUCUUGAAAAGUACUUUUUAUAUUACUGUGCCGAUGUCCCUUUAUCCGCACUCACUUUUCCAGUGAUCUUGUUAAAUUGUCCCCACCAACACUAAUUCCGUAGUUCUCAGCCUCCACCACCAUCCACCAUUUCCACCAUUACACAAUUUUGCUUUGUAAAACAUGUUCAUAAUAAAAAAAGAAAUACAAGGUAUUUAAUCGAAA